AAGUAGAAAAUAUAAAAAUAAAAAACAAGCCUAUAGUAUACUAGUGCUACUACACUACACUGAAACUCUCUCUCUCUCUCUCUCUCAAACCCUUCUUCCACCUCCGUCCAACGUUUCUGUUAAGUCUUAACCUUCUUCUUCUUCUUCUUCUUCUUCUAGGGUUCUUUUUUCUCUAUCAAUGAAUCAUUAAAACGCGUCGUUUUGAUUCACAUUCACUCCAAUGACUCCUCCACCAACCUUUUUCCUCUCCGCGGCGGCGCAUUUACUUUUCAUUUUACUCACAACUUGCUCCGCCUCAUCACCGGAGCUCCGAUCUCUACUCGAAUUCAAAAAAGGAAUAACCUCAGAUCCAGAUGAACGAGUUCUCAACUCAUGGAACCUUUCCAUGCUCAACGACGUCAACGUAUGUCCUACUUCAUGGCAAGGUAUCUUCUGCGACGAACUCACCGGAAACAUCACCGGAAUUGUUCUCGACCAUUUCAAUCUCACCGGAGAAUUGAAAUUUCAAACUCUACUUGACCUCAAAAUGCUGAAAAAUCUUAGUCUCGCUGGUAAUCAGUUCACCGGAAGGUUACCUCCUUCAUUAGGAACGAUAACUUCACUUCAGCAUUUGGAUCUUUCUAACAACAAAUUCAUCGGUCCAAUUCCGGCUCGGAUCAACGAUCUUUGGGGUCUUAAUUACCUCAAUUUAUCACACAAUGAUUUCAAAGGUGGAUUUCCAACUGGUCUUAAUAAUCUUCAACAACUUAGGGUUCUUGAUUUGCACUCUAACAAACUCUGGGCUGACAUUGGUGAAUUGAUUUCGACUCUUCACAACGUCGAAUUUCUUGAUUUAAGUCUAAAUCAGUUCUAUGGUGGACUUUCACUUACUCUUGAAAAUGUUUCAUCUUUGGCUAAUACUGUUCGUUUUUUGAACCUUAGUCGUAACAAAUUGAAUGGAGAAUUUUUCACAAGUGAUUCAAUUGCAUUGUUUCGCAACUUGGAAACUUUGGAUUUGAGUGAUAAUUUGAUUAGAGGGGAGCUUCCUUCUUUCGGUUCCUUGCCUGAACUUCGGAUUCUGACGCUUGCACGGAAUCUCUUCUUUGGUGCUGUUCCUGAAGACUUGUUGCUGAGUUCAAUGUCCUUGCAAGAAUUGGAUCUUAGCUCUAAUGGCUUUUCUGGCUCAAUUGCUGUAAUUAACUCAUCCACUUUAAAUGUUUUGGAUCUUUCGUGGAAUAGUUUAUCAGGCUCAUUGCCAACAUCUUUGGGAAGAUGUACAGUCAUAGAUUUCAGCAGGAAUAUGUUUUCUGGCGACAUUUCUGUAAUAGAGAACUGGGAAGCCAGUAUGGAGAUUAUUGAUCUGAGUUCAAACAAGCUGUCAGGAUCCUUGCCUUCUAUUUUAGGGACAUAUUCAAAAUUGUCUACCCUUGACUUAAGUUUUAAUGAACUUAAUGGAUCCAUCCCAAUUGGUUUAGUUGCUUCAUCAUCAUUGAUCAGACUGAAUCUUUCUGGAAAUCAAUUUACAGGGCCACUUUUGCUUCAUGGUUCAGGGGUAAGUGAAUUACUACUUAUGCCUCCUGAUCAGCCAAUGGAAUAUUUUGAUGUAUCCAACAACUCUUUAGAAGGUGUCUUGCCUUCUGAUAUAGGUAGAAUGAUUAAGCUCAAACAGCUGAAUCUGGCAAGUAAUGGCUUUUCCGGACAGCUUCCAAAUGAAUUGAGCAAACUUAUUGAUUUGGAGUACCUUGAUUUGUCUAACAACAAAUUUACUGGAAAUAUUCCCGACAAGCUUUCAAAUAAUUUGACUGUAUUUAAUGUGUCCAAUAAUGAUCUAUCUGGCCCUGUUCCCGAAGAUUUGCGGCGGUUUCCUUCUGCAUCCUUUUACCCUGGAAAUAAAAAGCUUAAGUUACCAAGUAAUUCUCCUGAACGUUCUGCUGCACUGCCAGAUAAUCCAGAUGAAGGUAAACAUCAUAGUUCAAAGAGUAAUAUCAGGAUAGCAAUUAUCCUUGCUUCUGUGGGGGCUGCUGUGAUGAUUGCUUUUGUUUUAUUGGCUUAUCAUCGAACACAAGCAAAAGAAUUUCGUGGGAGAAGUGGUUUUGCUGGCCCAGCUACCGGAAGAGAUGCCAAGUUAGGAGGACUUUCAAGGCCUUCCCUCUUCAAGUUCCAUACAAAUGCUCAACCCUCAUCAUCUUCACUGAGCUUUUCAAAUGAUCACUUAUUGACAUCCAAUUCAAGGUCACUUUCUGGACAGCAGUCAGAGUUUAUAACUGAAAUUUCUGAGCACUGCUUGCCGGAGGGAGUGGUAGCAACCAGUUCAGCACCUCCUAAUUUGAUGGAUAACCUUCCCAUGUCAUCUGGAAGGAAGUCUUCUCCUGGUUCCCCAUUGUCGUCCUCGCCACGCUUUAUAGAGGCUUGUGAAAAGCCUGUGAUGUUGGACGUUUACUCACCAGAUCGACUGGCCGGGGAACUGUUUUUCCUGGAUUCUUCACUAGCAUUCACCGCAGAGGAAUUAUCUCGAGCUCCGGCUGAAGUUCUUGGCAGAAGUAGCCAUGGCACUCUGUACAAAGCUACUCUGGACAAUGGUCAUAUGUUGACUGUAAAAUGGUUAAGGGUGGGGCUGGUCAAACUUAAAAAGGAAUUUGCUAGAGAAGUUAAAAAGAUCGGUUCAAUGAGGCAUCCAAACAUUGUCCCGUUACUAGCAUACUAUUGGGGGCCUAGGGAGCAGGAGAGGCUUCUUUUAGCUGACUACAUUCACGGAGACAACUUGGCCCUCCAUCUCUAUGAGACCACACCCCGGAGGUACUCGCCAUUGUCAUUCAGCCAGAGAAUAAGAGUUGCAGUUGAAGUUGCAAGAUGUCUUUUAUACCUACAUGAUCGAGGGCUUCCCCAUGGAAAUCUGAAGCCGACAAAUAUUCUGUUAGCAGGCCCUGAAUACAGUGUUUGUCUUACUGACUACGGUUUGCACCGGCUCAUGACAUCAGCUGGAGUUGCAGAGCAGAUGCUAAAUCUAGGAGCACUUGGAUACUGUGCUCCAGAACUUGCUUCUGCUUCCAAACCACUUCCAUCCUUUAAGGCCGAUGUGUAUGCACUUGGGGUGAUCCUAAUGGAAUUAUUAACAAGAAAAAGUGCAGGCGACAUAAUAUCUGGACAAUCAGGUGCUGUCGAUCUUACAGAUUGGGUUAGGCUGUGUGAAAGAGAAGGAAGGGUAAUGGACUGUAUAGACAGAGACAUUGCAGGUGGCGAAGAAUCCUCUAAAGAGAUGGACCAUCUGCUUGCAACAUCUCUCAGGUGUAUUCUCCCUGUAAAUGAAAGGCCCAACAUCAGACAAGUUUUUGAAGAUCUCUGUUCUAUAUCAUCAGCUUGAAUUUUUUGUACAUUGUCUGGGAAUUAGUUUUAUAAAUUUUUGGUUCCUUGACCCAUUGUUAUUUAUGAUUCUUUGUACUCAUAUCUUCUCUCCUCCUUAAUUGGUUUCAGCCUUAUUUCGGGCUAAUCAUAUUCUUUUCUUCUAUUAUUCUCCUUUUCUUUUCUAGAAAGAAAAACAAUAUUUCUUGUAAAGCGACAGUCAUUGAUUAAUCGACAGUGUUGGUGUUGGAUUUGAGACAA